AUGGGUUUUUCUGUAAGAAGAUUUGGUAGCAGCAGAAAGAAGGAGCCUUUACUAAACAAGCAGAGGUUCUCUGAUUUGCAAAAAGAGAAAAAAUCUAAUCCUAAACUCCAACAAGAACAACAAAGAAAGGUGGUGGAAGAAGAAGAAGAAGAGACAUGGUCAUCAAUAUUAGACAUCAACUUAGAAGAAGAAGAUCCAUACAAAGAGUUAGAAGUUAUAAUACAAGAGAAGCAACAACCCAUAUUCAAGUUACCUUCAUCACUCAAAAUGGUAAAUGUGAAAGCUUAUGAGCCACAAGUGGUUUCAAUAGGUCCGUACCACAAUGGCAAACCACACUUGAUGCCCAUGGAAGUUCACAAAAAAAGAGCCCUGGUUCACUUUGUCAAGAGAUCGGGCGUUCCCCUCCAAACAUAUAUUACCGAGUUAAUGAAAGUUGUUGAUGAACUUAAGUUGUCGUACGCGCAACUAGACCAGGAAUGGAUCCAUGAUGACCAAAAAUUCGUUGAGCUCAUGAUAGUUGAUGGAUGCUUCCUUCUGGAAUUCUUGGCUGUUGGAACCAAGGUUUCUAUUGACGAUUACGCUCGUAGUGAUCCCAUGUUUAGCUUUCAUGGGAAAACAGUCAACUAUGAUUCUACCAUCAAAGACUUGCUCACAGUGGAGAACCAAUUGCCAUAUCUUGUUCUUACCACGUUGUUGUCUGUUGCACGCCCACAAGAGGAUGCCCAUGAGACAAUAUCUCAUAUGAUGUUGUGCCACAAUGAAGGUCCACGACGUCACAUUCUAGAUCGUUACGCGGAGAGGGUACUUGAGGCACCAGAUUUGGAGAUAUGACUAAAAUUGCCUACUGGAUACUCAGCAUCCGAGCUUUACUACCAAUUCGGUAUCCGAUUCAAAAAGGUCAGCGGCUACAAGAAUAUCAGGUUCGACUACAAACAAGCAGUCCUCCUUCUUCCUCCCGUCAUGAUUCACGAUGACCACCAAAACCCAUUUCUCAACAUGAGAGCAUUCGAGGUUUGGGUGAGCAAAGAUUUGAAAUUUCAUUCUUUCAUUUACCUUAUCAAAACUCUUGUCAAAUCGGUGAAGGAUGUUAUGUUGCUUAGAUACCAAGGGAUCAUAGUUGGUCCACUAGACCAACAAGCUGUUCUUAAGUCGAUUCAAGUCUUCACCAAAGACAUUGGGAUGUUCAAUGUCGAUUCUGAACCUAUUGUAGCUCUUAAUGAUAUGAACGAGUACUGCAAACAAGGAACUGUUGUCGUUUGGAGAAUGUGUAGGAUUUGGAUUUCAAACCUGUACGAGAAUUACUUUAGUAAUCCAUGGACUAUUAUCUCGCUAGUGGCAGCAGCUUUUCUCAUGGCACUAAC